CGACAAACGGCGCCGUUUAAGUUAGGUUUUUUUUUCUUCUGAUAAACACAAAAACUACAGCAAACAGAAACACAACUCAAUCCAAGCAGCCAUAGCAGAGCCGCGCUUCCCUGCCGCAUCCUUACCGCCGCCCGUUGCUCACUCCCUACGGCAGCCGUCCCUCACCAUCUCACAUUCAUCAUAGUUCUUAGCUAUUCGCGCACUCUUCACUUCAAUUUUACCGAUUUUACUAGUUCAGUUUUGUUGUUCUCAAAAUGUUGCGUAGAAACGUCCGUUUGCGGAGAGAGUAUUUGUAUAGAAAAAGCUUAGAAGGAAACGAACGCGCACUUUAUGAGAAGAAGCGCAAAAUCAGAGAAGCUCUUCAAGAAGGGAAGCCUAUACCAACUGAGCUCAGAAAUGAGGAGGCAGCGCUUCGUCGUCAAAUUGAUCUGGAAGAUGAAAACACAGCUGUCCCAAGAACACACAUUGAUGAUGAGUAUGCAUUUGCUUCUGAGAAAGAUCCUAAAGUUAUGCUGACCACAUCCAGGGAUCCAAGUGGUCCUCUUCAACAGUUUGUAAAGGAGUUGAGUAUUGUCUUUCCCAACGCUCAAAGAAUAAACCGUGGUGGUCAGGUUAUUUCAGAGAUAAUAGAUGCUUGCCGGUCCCACGACUAUACAGAUGUAAUCUUGGUUCACGAACACCGUGGUGUGCCUGAUGGUCUAACUGUUUGCCAUCUACCAUUUGGCCCAACUGCAUAUUUUAGUUUACUCAAUGUGGUUACAAGGCAUGAAAUUAAAGAUAAAAAAGCUGUUGGAACUAUGCCUGAGGCUUAUCCGCAUGUUAUUCUCGAAAAUUUCUCAACUAAGUUAGGUGAAAGGACUGCCAAUAUUCUAAAAUAUCUGUUUCCGGUGCCAAAACCUGACACAAAGCGUAUUGUUACUUUUGCCAACAAUUCGGACUAUAUCUUGUUCAGGCAUCAUAUAUAUGAAAAACGUGGGGGUCCUAACUCUGUAGAAUUGAAGGAAAUCGGUCCACGGUUUGAUUUGCGACCAUAUCAGAUAAAAUUGGGAACAGUGGAUCAAGAUGAAGCUCAAACAGAGUGGGUCCUCAGACCAUACAUGAACACUACCAAGAAGCGGAAGUUUCUUAGUGAUUGAUGCAUGCAUAGCAAUAUCAAAUGUGAAGGACCGGCGGUGACGGCGGCGGUAUUGUAGAUGCAGCUAAAUAAUAUUAUUCACUCUUUGGUUUCACACUUCAUUGAGACUGUAGAAGAAAAGCUGAAAAUUUUGGAAUGGAGAUUAGUUAACAUCGUAACAACAAAAGUAUGAGAGAAGUGAAAAUUGAACGUGCUUGUUGCUAAAUUUUGGAUGUAAUUUAAUCUUAUGAAUUUACUUUUUUAUUCUUCUUGGUUGUGUUAUGUCAUUUACUCAUGUGUUAAACAUACCAAGUACAAGAGUAUCUAUCUAUUUUAAAUUUUGAGAAAAA